AAGUGAAGGAAGCAGAAGAUGAAGCAGAAUGGAGAAAGGACUCCCAGUCUAGGGAGGGACCCGAGUUUAAUAUCAACCAAGGUAGUUUAUACAUAUCAAGUAAGUUUCCACAUAGAAGCUCUACUUUCUCUGCCAAGACGAUUCUCCAGGGCUACACUGGAUAAAGUCAUCUCAAACAAAAUGAAAAGCUACAAGAAAGAAACCAGCCCCUUCCACUUUCAUUCUCUUUGUGAAUCAACUAGAUGCUUUAACUCUGCUUCCCUUUCGCAUCAUCUGGCGCAAGAACCCCAAAAAUGAUACAUCCAUCUAUUUCACAAGAGAGAAAAAAAAAAAAAAAAAAAAAAAAAGAGUAUUUCAUAUCAGAUGCUUUGCGUCAAGCCUGCUAUGGCUCAUAAAUCUUACUGCCCUGGUCAUUUCAGCCAACGUCUGACCCUUUUGUUAACUCAUGAUUUAUAACUGGAAGUUAUUUUCUUUAUGCCAGAUUUAUAAACUUUACUGUGCUUGGUUUGAUAUAAUAUCCAUUUCGUACAUCAAGCUAUAAGACAGUAAAUUUAUUGUCCAUGAGGUGUUACCUUGAAAAAUUACAUCAAUGCAAAGUGGUUUCCAUUUACAAUCAAUAGACAAUAAAUUCAUUGGAUUUCUUUUUUUGGGGGGAGGGAGAGAAGGGGUAUGACCAUAUUUAUGAGGUCAUGAGUGGCUAUAUAAUGAGUGAAACAGGGAGCAGAGGCAGCAGUCUGGAGUUCCGAAUUACAGGCGUUGACAAGACGAAAUAUAUUCAACGGAGCAACAAUGCAUAAGCUGGUAUUCUGCUGUCUCAUUAUCAUCAGCUUCUCCUGUCCUCUCUUCUCUCUCCCUGUCAUCAACGCCAGCGAGAUGUCUUAUCAACUCCCAGAUGAUGAAGAUUCGAGGCUAAAUUUGGAGCAGCUGGGCAGCUCAGAAAGUACCUCCCUGCCUCAGUUUCUGCAGGAGCUCUUGGGCACACUGGUUGAAGACAAUAAGGCAGGUCUUACCUCCAGCAGCUACAAUCCAAGGAAAGAUAUCAAAGAGACUUUCUAUGGAAAUCACCCACGAAUUGCUCUGCUGGGCCGCUUGCUGAUGAAGGACAGGAAGCAGUACAAGAAACGUGGCAACCUUUCUGAAUGCUUCUGGAAAUACUGUGUGUAAACAGAACAAACCUCCCCUGACUUCAGCUGCAUAAUUUAUAUAUAUAUCUAAAACCAUGUACAUAAACUUGCUUGAUUUGAAAUCAGAAGGAAGAAAUUUGAAGAUAGCUCCUAACUUCAGACACUACUUGGAAAUUAAUAAAUGGUUGAUGUUUUGCAAAUAUUCUGUGAGCAGAGUAAUAUUUUCUUAGAGUUCAGCACAACAGGAUGAAAGUAACAGUACAAAAUCACAGAAUCACAGAAUCACCCGGGUUGGAAGGGACCCCAAGGAUCAUGUAGUUCCAACCCCCCUGCCUAGCAGGGCCACCAAACAUACACAUAUGAAUGAAGGGUAUGUAACAUGAUGAGA